AUGAUGCUUCUGAACGCCCUGCUGGUAGCUGCCGUUGCUCUUGCGAGCUUCGCCUCGGGUGCGAUCAUCAACGAGGGCACUACGAACGACCACGCCUAUGGUGGCCUCCAGCUUGCCGGACCUGACGACAAAUCCUUCGCCGCCAAGUCUGUCGAGGCGACACUUACGAUCCCGAGAGUCGAGUGGGCUAAGGAACGUGGCCUGGACAAGCCGCACGAGAGCUUCACCUUGGGUUGCGAGAUGUUCGGCGGCUAUGCGAGGGAGAACAAGGACUGCUCAGAUGCCGGUCCCAGAGUUGGCCUUCUCGUCACGGUCGAUGAGAACAGCGUCGUCAAGUACGAGGUUCUCGUGCUCUGGGCGGGUUCCGGCAAUCAGUACUGGUAUACAGCCGACGAUGAGGAGAUGCAAGCCCUGGAUCCCAAGGCUGGGGAUAACCUUGCGAUCAAGGUUGAACUGACUUCUGGCCAUAGCGCCGAUAUCACGAUCAAAAAUGCCAAGAACUCGGCUACUUUCAGCCACUCUAUCGACAUCGGUGCCGGUAACUCAAAGGCCAUGUGCGUGGGUUCGCAGUCCUGGAGUGCCGGUGGUUGUAUCGUCGGCACCUCUCUGUCUGGCGCAGAGGGACCCAGAAGCGAAUACAUCUCCUUCACGGACCUCACGGUGAUCGAUCAGAAGGGAGGCAAGCAUAUCCUCGAGGAAAGCGAGAACGUUAGUCUAUACGAACUUCUCCGCUAUCACACGACUGUCAAAGUGGAGCUGCGUGAUCAUACUCUGCUGUUCAGGCCCGAGUCAUCCCACGACUACCUGGCCUAG